UGUUCUAGAGAGGCUUUUUUUUUUCCCUCCAGCCGGUGACGUAACACGUGAAACGUGAACCGGUCUGCGUGUUUUUCUCGCCGGUCAAUAACACUGGAGCAGACCGCAGAGGUGUAACGGUGCCGCUACGGGAAUAUUAGGUUGUAGAAUAUCCUCCUUUCGGGACGGCGGAGAGGUUAGCUGACACAGCUGGGAGGUGGCCGCGCUGCUGUCACGAAGAAAACACCGUAUUUCUUCAGAUAAGAGGGAAUAAACUCGAACUCACUGUCAUCACCAAAGCGGUGGACACUAACAGGGUGCUGUUUUGAGGAGUGACAGGAGGAGACAUGGUGGACUACUACAGCAUCCUGGGAGUGUCCAGAACAGCCACACAAGAUGACAUCAAGAAGGCGUACAGGAAGUUGGCCUUGAAGUGGCAUCCAGACAAAAAUCCUGACAACAAGGAGGAGGCAGAAACAAAGUUCAAAGAGCUUGCUGAGGCCUAUGAAGUCCUGUCUGACAAGAGCAAACGUGAAUCAUAUGACAGAUAUGGAAAUGACAGAAUGCGACAUACAGACUCUUCCAGCUCAGACUUUCCAUCAGAUUUCUCAGGAUUCACCUAUACAUUCCGCAGCCCAGAUGAGGUGUUCAGGGAGUUUUUUGGUGGCCAGGACCCUUUUGCAAGCCUCUUUGAUGACUUCUCUUCAUUUGGAGGCCCUUCUUCACGUCUUGGCCCCAGUCGAUUCUUCUCUUUUCCUUCAACUAGAGUUGAAUUCAGCUCUUUUUCUUCUUCCUUCGGGGGUCUGGACGGGAUGGAGAGCAUGGGUGGAGGAAUGGGUGGAGGAAGUGGUAACUUCAAAUCAGUUUCUACCUCCACUCGCAUCAUGAAUGGGAGGCGAACCACCACAAAGAAGAUAAAGGAGAACGGGCAGGAAAGAGUGGAGAUUGAGGAGGACGGGGUAUUAAAGAGUGUUUUAAUAAAUGGUGUUGAAGACGAAAUGGCUCUUGCUCUGGAGCUCAGCCGAAGAGAAGGACAGUCCCAACAGUCCUCCCACAAGCCGCAGAUCCAGAACCAAUCCCCCAUGGAGUCGGACAGACACCGGCCCAGCCCUCACUCUGGAGCAGCACAACGUUCAUUUAGCUCCGCGCCCUUCUGCAACUAUGGUGUCGCACGAAGCAGCGAUGACGAGGAGGACGAAGACCUUCAGAUGGCUUUGGCGUGCAGCCUGUCAGAAAUGGAAGCUCAACAGAGAGCUGCUGCUACCGACUUCAUAUCAGGUGCUGGGGGUGUGUGCAAAGACAAGGCUAAGGGCUGUAGAGGAAGUGGGGUUAACAGUGGGAAAUAUGCAGAUUUGUCCAAUGCAGGGGAGAAAAAGGAUGAGGGUCAGUUUAAAGUGGGCCCAGGGCACGGUGGCACGUGUGAAACGGAGAGAAAGGAAACCAGUGAGUCAGGAUCCUCCCCCGAGUCACCCACAGCUGCCAACUCCACACUGCCGGGCCCCUGCAGUGACGAAGGGGUCAAACCUGUGAUAAAAAGCUGUGAUGGCUGUGUGAAAAAGAAAAAGAAGUGUGGCUGUGUUGUGUGCUAAGGCAGUGUGUUUGCAUUAAUUUGGUUUGUUUUUUUGAUAUUCCACUUACCUCCGUGUGAGCCACAGCCAGACUCCACUGUUAAUUUUUUUUCUUUUUCGAGGCUGCGCCUUAAGACUUUGUAACACCCUUGAAGGAAAAUACGUUUUUGAAUUACUUGACGGUGAUUGAUUUUGCUGGCCCACAUAAUCUACCUACACAUUUUUAAAUCGCUUUUUUUCAUGAAUGGAGAGCUAAACAGAUGAUUAUAGAAUGUAACUGAAUGUGCCAAACGUUUCCAUAGACUGUAAACAGUAGGUCCGAGGGGACGAGAGAGGAAAGGUAGGGCUUUAAUUGAGGACCAAUUUGAGGUUUAAACCCCUGCAGGAGAUUGUUGGAAUGUGAGCUUAGUGUGCCAAUAAAACAAAGCUUGAAAGGGCUAUGGCUUGGUUGCUUGAUUACAGCUGGUAAAGGGAGCAUGGGAGUGCAUUACUGGUACAUCAGUGAAAUGUGUGUGCACGUGGUUCUUUUUGUGUGUGUUUGAAUUGGGGUCAGUUGAGAUGCUGCCAUAGAAUUUUCUCAUCGAGACUCAGCGAAUGUAACCGGACUGUUGCACUAAUGCCGGACUGAAACGAACGAUGGGAGUGGACCGCAGAGCUUUCUGUAGCAGUUUUCAUUGUGACAGAAACACUUCAGUCAAAAGAGAUUCCGUAUUCCAGCUAAAUGAUAUACACAUGAUUUGGGAACAGAAAUGCCUUACAGAGAGGAACAGAGGCUUCCUGCUGAGAGGUGCUCACACUGUAGCUGUAGUUACAGUUUGAGGAGCUGUUUUAUGAGGGACAAGUGCAUCAAUUCUCAGCACAAAAUAAUUGUGCUUAAUACAUGAAGAAGAAGGAAUGUAAAAAAAUAAAAUAAUAAAGAGAUUAUGUUUACAUUUUAAAUUAAGUGUCUAAUUUGCAAGCAUAUCAGUAUCAGCCUCGGCUGAUUUGGUCUAAAUCUUGAAUGAAACUCAUGUUUAAUGUGCGUUCCUGCCGUUGAACUGAAGCUGUAAGAAUUUAAAUGACGCAAUGCAGGUUGGGUGUUUUCUGUGAAAAAGGAGUGUGUGCAUGUAUGAUUCCGUGUGUGAAAGGACUUCGUCACUGGUGCUCUGGGAUUAUCAUGUUUCAGCUGAAUUGCAAGGUAAAAAUAGUUUUCUAAGUGCAUCACAAAAUUUUAAAAACGUUGCUGAGUCGACGUGACUAAAGCUGAAAUUAAAUGUAAUUGUUGGUGCCAAAAUACAGAAGUGUUUGAAAUAAAUAUGACUUGAAGUAUUAAGGAAUGGAUUAAAAAAUGCUUUUGAGUAUAUAUAAUGACAUAUAAUUCACAAGUGCUUGUUUUUUCUUUUUUUUUUAUACAUUGUUGCUCUCACUUUAAGGUACAUGUUGUAACCGGCUCAAACAAUGUGACAGAUUCAAGCAAAAGGGACUGUUUUAACUUUCAAAUAUUGAUAAUUUUUUAUAUACAUUCACUUGUGUAGCGAUGGAAUGAGAAAGGAGGCAGGUGGAUUCUUUAACAAAUAUCUAUCAGCGUGUGUUAUUUGUAUUAAAUGUUGUACUACCAUGUGACUGUUAAACAGGAAAUAACUAAUAAAACAUUGAGGCAAAAGAGGAGUUGGGGUUAUUUUUUUUCCUAAUAUGGCAGUAACAUUCAUGAAUGUCCCAUUAUUUACAAGGAAUCUGUUAAUCCAACUAGCAUUUUUCCAAAUAUUAUGUUUCUGUAGAAGAAUGCAGUUUUUUCCUUUCACGGUUCUCCUGAACAAAUGGAUAAAGGCCAUUUGCAUGAGAAAUGUUGCAGACAUACAUGUGCAGAAGAGACAUAAGUUUGCUGUCUUACACUUUCUACU